AGGUGGGUGCAACCGAUGAGACGAUCGAUGCAUGUGAGAGGUCUGCCUGCGGCCACUGGCAAAUAGUCGAUGUUGGAAGAACGAGCUUGGUAUGGAGGCAAGUUCGUUGGAAGGAUUGAACGAUGGCGAAAUUUCCUGCGUGAGUCGAUGCACGAAGGGAUGCAAGUGGCCGGGUCGUGCGGGUUACGGUGGACCUAGGAAAGACGGUAGGAUCAACGAAGUGGGGCUUGUGUUGGUGGUAUGAAACCAGGACCUGAGUAACAGACGGAAGUAGUUAGCAAGCAAAACAUCGGAUAUAUGCGAGUUAAAAGGCAUCCAGAGAUCGAGGGAGGAAUAAGGGUACGAAUGAAUGAGUAACGCAAGGGCGAUAACUUACCAAAGGAGAUAUGGUUAUCCUGACUCUCCAGCUCUCCGACUAAAGCUUGCGAUCAUGAUCAGAUGGGCAGUGACCUAGCAUGCCGUGUGGAGCUUUUCAAGAGGGUAUUGCCGUCGUCGAGCUGGGCAUCGUUAAAACCGCCCGCCACGUCUGCAACGGAAAGGCCGUUAGGGCAGGCGUUGUCGACUUGCAAGAAAGAUAUACUGACGAUCAACUUGAGCCAACAGAGUCGCUUCGAGCGCGUUACCGGGUGGUAGUCCAAAGAUGGAGUUGAAGCAAAAAAAAGUUGAUUCAAAAUCCUGUUCAUACCGUAAGCAUCCAGUAAACUUCCCAAUUUCAAUGUUUCAAUCGUCGUACCAGUAGAAAUCUGUGGUUUGCGGUUUGUAUGCUUUUUUGAGGUUAAGAGGACCGGAACUGUCACAGAAUUGUCAGCAUAUCAGACAAACGUAGGCAGACGGAGGAAGAGGGGUAUGGUUGCGGCACAGAAGGGGAAAACGAGCUAAGGCAGAAAGGGGAGUAAAUCUAACGGAAGGAGGAACUCACUCAGAGCCAGUGGACUCGAACAUCUUCAGCGCAUGCUUUGAAUCUCAACAGCUCCCCGCUCUCUGUGGAUCGGUACAAGUUGACGAAGGCGGGUAUCGGGUUAAAUUUUGAUCACAGUGCGAGGUUGGGUCUCCAGGCGAUGUCAGCAGUAGCUGAACCUAGAGAGGAAACAUUGGACGACUCGUCAUGAAACUCCAUUCGACGAGGGG